CAAGGAAGCGGGCAGGUGGGCUGCCAGUUCUUGGAAAGGCUCAUUAAUGAAAACCCCCAAGCCUGACAACCUGGGGGAAGGCUCACUGGCCCCAUGUAUAGCUGAUAAGGGCCAGGAGAUUCCACAACUCAGGUAGUUCCCCCGCCCCCCUGGAGUUCUGUGGUCACCAUUAAUCAUUUCCUCUAACUGUGUAUAUAAGAGCUCUUUUGCAGUGAGCCCAGUACUCAGAGAGAAAGGCUAAGGUCCCGAGGAGGAUGUGGCUGCAGAUCUUACUUUUCCUUGGCAUUGUGGUCUGUAGCUUUUCUACACCCACUCCCUCACCUGCCCUUGUUACCCGGCCUUGGAGGCAUGUAGAUGCCAUUAAAGAAGUCCUGAGCUUCCUGAUUAACAACCCUGUCAUGGAGAAUGAAGAUGUAGAAGUAGAAAUGGUCUCUACAGAGUUCUCCGUCAAGAGUCCAACAUGUGUGCAGACCCGCCUGAGGUUAUUCGAGAAGGGCCUACAGGGCAACUUCACCAAACUCGGGGGUGCCUUGAACAUGACGGCCAGCCACUACAAGAAGAAUUGCCCCCCUACCCCGGAAGAAGUCUGUGCAACACAAUUCACCACAUUUGAAGCUUUCAUAGUAAAACUUAGAGGUUUUCUGUUUGACAUCCCCUUCGACUGCUGGGAGCCAAUCCAGAAAUGAGGUGGCCUAGGCCAGCUCUGGAUCCAACUUCUCAGACGGCUGCUCUUACUCCUGCAGAAUGAGCCAAGAAUUCAGGAGUUCUACCUUGAAGGGACCAAGGGUGGGUCACAGCACAGCGGGGGCAGUACAGAUCAUCUCUGAGAAUGUUGACUCCCUCCAACACUGUAGAGGGGAAAAGUGAGGGCUAUUUUCUAGUAAUAGGGACCAGUGAUAUUUAUUUAUAUAUUUAUAUAUUUUUAAAAUAUUUAUUUAUUUAUUUAUUUAAGCUCACAACAAUAUUUAUUCAGGAUGUCUUACCAUAAUAAUAAAUUAUUAAAACCUUU